AUGAACUAUUUUUAUGCAGACGUCGGACUCCUGCCUGCUACAAACAUGUCGGCCGCCGUUAUGGAUGCCAAGAACGAUGCAGUGUAUGUUGCCGACGAUGACAAUGUGUCGUCUGCGGAGGGGCAAGUCGUUGAUACCACCGAGGGAUAUCGACAGAUGCCCGAAGCGCUCCGUGAUAUGAGCGAGGAUUAUAUCAAGAAGCUCAACGGGAAGCUGGUCCGCAAGAUAGACCUGAUCAUUCUUCCCACAAUUGGCAUCUUGUACAUUCUAAAUUACAUCGACCGCCAGAACUUGGCUGCGGCCAAGCUUCAAGGUAUCACCGAGGACCUGAACAUGACGACCCAACAAUUCGCGACUGCAGUCUCCAUUCUCUUCGUCGGAUACCUCCCUUUCCAGAUUCCUAGCAAUCUGCUCAUCACAAAGAUCUCCCGGCCAGGAAUGUACAUUUGUGUAGCUGUGGCCAUAUGGGGCUGUAUCUCAGCAUCGACUGCCGCUGUCAAGACCUAUGGCCAGCUGUUGGCCGUGCGAGCUACCCUUGGGGCGGCUGAAGCAGUCUUCUUCCCCGGUGCUAUAUACUACCUCUCAGCAUGGUAUACAAAGAUGGAGCUGGGAAAGCGCAUUGCUGGUCUUUAUAUUGCUCAGCAAAUCGGAAACGCCUUCGGCGGCCUCUUUGCGGCAGGUAUCAUGCAGCUUGACGGGGUUCACAACAUUUCUGGCUGGCAGUGGCUGUUCAUCAUCGAGGGCAGCGCUACCGUCGGCUUUGGUGUGAUAUGUGCGUGUGUGAUGCCCGAGUUCCCGCAUAACAGCCGCAUCCUCUCGGAUGUGGAACGUGCUCUAGCAGUCUGGCGUAUCGAGUCUGAAGCUGGUGCAGCAGAGGGUACGGAGAACGAGAGCGUGCUCAAAGGCUUUGUUAAAGCCCUAUCAGAUCCAAAGUUGUUGCUCCUUAUCCUCUGCAACAUGCUUUCCCAGGUUCAGGGAUCCAUCGCCAAUUACUUCCCUACUCUCAUCGCGUCCCUGAAUUUCUCGAGCACUGUCAGUCUGCUCAUGACUGCGCCGCCAUACAUACUAGCCGGUAUCGUCUACUACGGAAUCAUGUUCUAUUCAGAUCGAAAAAACACCGUCUACCCGAUUAUUCUUAUAUGCGUUGCAAUCUCAGUUGUCAUGUACAUCAUCCCAAUGGCAACUCUCAGUAUCGGCGCGCGCUACUUUUCCAUGAUGGUUCUUCCCUUUGCCUCUGUAGGUCCGCAAUUGCUCCUCUACAAGACCAUCAACUUGCACCUUGCACGGCCUAUAUCCAAGCGUGCAGCGGCAUCUGCUCUGGUUAAUGCCAUUGGAGGUACAUCGAAUAUUUGGGCGUCGUAUCUUUACUACGCGCCUCCACAUUUCUAUGCUGCAUUUGGGACUAUGAUGGGAUGUGCUUUGCUCUUGGCUGCCACGGUCACCACAUACCGCUGGCUAGUUCUGCGUGAGAAUAAGCGCUUGGAUUCCGGAGACCCUAAUGAGAUUGCGAAGGCGAUCAAGGGUGGUGUGACGGAGGAAAUGGUGCAGCUCAAUUGGCGCUAUGAAAUGUAUUGA